AUGAUAAGAAUAAUACCCACAACAAGAUAUGCUUUUACAACAUAUAGAUCUUUUUCGUUAAGUUCUAAAUGGCUCAAUUUUAACAAGGGUUCAUUAGCUGAUAAGUCAAUUGAACAUAAUACUCAAUCAGAAACUAAUAGAUUAGCUAAAACAGGUAAACGAUUUUGGGAUAAAGGAAAUGUUCUUUAUAAUGAAUCAACAAAUAAGUAUGAAGUUCAAUUAGAUGGGAAAACAUUACGUACACCAUUAGGAUUACCAUUGAUAUUACCACCUACCAAAAAACAAUUAGCAUAUUUAAUAAGUCAUGAAUGGACAAAUCUACAAAGUACAUCAGUAAAAUCAAGUGCAUUACCAUUAACUGAAUUAGCAGCAAGAGCAAUUGAUUUAGAAUCAGCUCAUAAAAUAGAUGAAAAUGAAAAUGAAAAAGUUAAAGAAAUAAUAGCGAUAGAUGACUUAAAAAUGGGAUUAUUAAAAUAUCUUGAUACUGAUACUUGUCUUAUAUUUGCAGGUAUAAAAGAUUGUGAUGGAUUAUUAAGACAAAGACAAGAUCAAUUAUAUUUACCAUUAAUUAAAGAAUAUAAUGAAUUUUUCACAAAUUUCGGCCAUCAACAAAACUUAUUAAAAAAUGAUGAAAAAAUUGAAUUAAACUUUUUGGAUUGUGAAAAAGAUGGAUUAAGAGGUAAUAAACAAUCUUUAAAAACAAAAGAAGUAGUAAUGAAUUGGUUAAAUAAAAUUGACAUUUUUGAAUUAAUAGCAUUAGAGAAAACAGUAUUAACUACAAAAUCAUUCUUAUGUGGUACAUCAAUAUUGAGAUCAAAUGUAUCUGAUCCACAAAGAAUGCAAACUGUGUUUCAAGUCAACAAAAACACUCAAGAUAAAUUUUGGUAUAAAUCAGUCGAAGAAAUUAUUGAAUUGGGGAAUUUAGAAACUAUUAUACAAACUAGUAGAUGGGGAGAAGUUGAAGAUACUCAUGAUGUUGAACAAAAGGAAUGGUUAAGAAGUUUAGCUGGGGCAGCCUUAGUAAGUCAUUAA